AUGUAAGAGCAUGCAAAAAUAUUUCAGGAACCUGUUUUAUUACAACGAAUGGAUGUGCUAUGGUUCCAGCAUCAGGAACUAAUAGGAAGUAUAUUAUGAAUUAUUAACAUCUAGUAGUGUUAAAUGUACGUAACUGUUGUGCUUCAAUAUUAAUAGCUUUGUAAAAUUAAGUUGUUAUGAAUGCCACAUGGAAGGCAACUACAUACGAAGCAUCAGAAAACACAAUCAGUUUAUAGUGUACUAACAUUAUAUUUGAGAAAAUAAAUAUGAUACUCUAGAAGUUUGUACAAGUUAUGAUGGUAUAAGCGAAAAUGCAGUUGGCAAUUAAUCAAGACCAGAUAAUGGAAAGGAAAACCCUUAAAAUAAGAAUGUGAAAGGUGUUAUUAAUGCUAAAAAUUUUCGAGGUUUUAAAGAUAUAGCCAAAUAAUGCAGAGCCUAGACAUGUGAAGAGAAUUAAUCAUUACGAAAACGGAAGCUCAAGCAAUUUUGA